AUGAAGGGACUUUUGCUGCUACUGACGGUGAUUUAUCUGGUACCGAGAAAUAUUUGGGCUGAAGUUGAUUGGGCUAAACGAGUUGACUGUUAUCCAAAGCCUGGUGCGAGCGAGGAAUUAUGCAAAACACUCGGAUGUAUAUGGGAUCGUGACAGCACGAAUAGGAAGUAUAGCUUUUCUACUAUAUUCCAGGUCCGUCUGAAUAUACCAUUAUGUUAUUUGCCUCGAGAAACGGGAUAUUUGAUAAGCAACGAUUCGUUUUUAUCAAAGGAUCCGAAGAGUAUAAAAAAUCCUUUUGGUGCCGACCUUUCUCCUCUUCAAUUAUCAGCCGUGCAAAUCGGUUCCGUAUUAAACGUGAAAAUCGGUUACAAUGACAGGUUUGACGUUCCAAUUUCGUUACCGAGAGAACCAUUAACAUCAACCGAUUCAUUUACGUUUCAAAAAACAAAGACGGGUCUCUUCAAUUUUAAAAUAAAAAGAGAUUCAUCUGGAGAGUUUAUAUGGGAUACAUCAAUAGGUGGCUUACUUUUCGCCGAUAAAUUCAUUCAAAUUGCCACUUAUUUACCAACAUAUAACAUUUAUGGUUUCGGGGAACAUGCUCAUACGACGCUGAGACAUAACUUCAGUGAAUACACAACGUGGGGAAUGUUUGCCAGAGAUGAGUUUCCAGAUCCAGUGGAUAUGCCGAAGAAAAACCUUUAUGGUGUUCAUCCAUUCUAUCUGGGAUUAGAAAAAAGUGGAAAAGCUCACGGAGUUCUUAUACUGAACAGUCAUCCGCAGGAAAUUACAUUCGGCCCUUCGCCUCACCUUGUUUAUCGCACCACUGGUGGUUACCUGGAUCUCUACUUCUUUCCAGGUCCCGAACCAGAGAGUGUUAUCAAGCAGUAUGUUACAUUUAUAGGAAAACCUUUCCUUCCAGCCUAUUUCGCCUUCGGUUUCCAGUUAUGUCGAUACGGUUAUCAAAAUUUGAAUGAAAUGAAGGAAACGGUUGCGCGAGUUCGAUCAUACCAAAUUCCAUUCGAUGUCACUUAUGCCGAUAUCGAUCACAUGGAUCGCUAUAAGGAUUUUACUCUAGGAAAGGAUUGGAUUGAUUUCCCCAGUUAUACCAAUGAAUUGAAACGGCAAAAUAUGCACGUUGUUUUAAUUUUCGAUUGUGCCAUACAAGUCGAUUAUGAAACUUUUCAAAGAGCCAUUGAAAUGAAUGCGAGUUUUGUGGAAUGGGAACGAUAUGAUCAAGUACCACAUGAAAUUCAGGAUCUCUAUCCAUUAGCAAAGGAUACAAAGAUAAUGUUAAGUGUUGUUUGGCCUGAUAAGCAUACUGCAUUUCCUGAUUUCUAUGAUGCAAGUGGAAAAACAGCAGAAUGGUGGAUCAAAGAAUUUAAAAUUUUCCACGAUUUGAUUGCUUUCGAUGGAAUUUGGAUUGAUAUGAAUGAGCCUGCGGCUUUCGGUACGAAUGAGAAACACCCAUGGUACUUUGAUAAUGAUGAUCACCCAAAUAUAAAACCAUUACAUUGCUCAUUAGAAGGGAAGGAUUCAGAACUUGAUAAACCACCUUAUGAAACUGCAAAUGUGUACUAUUAUGGAAAUAAUGCACACCUAUCAACGAAAACACUUUGCAUGUCAGGUGUAACAAAUAGAGGAAAAUAUUCAGUCCACUCCACCAAAAGUUUGUAUGGACUAACGGAAUUGAUAGCUACUGAAAAGGCUAUGCGUGAAUCAACUAGAAAACGAGGAUUUACUCUAUCAAGAUCUACUUUUGUUUCUUCUGGACAUUAUGGUGGUCAUUGGCUUGGGGAUAAUACUGCUCGUUGGGAAGAUUUACAAUCAUCUGUGAUUGGAAUUCAAGAAUUUAAUAUGUUUGGAAUUCCGUUUAUUGGCGCAGAUAUUUGCGGAUUCAAUGGGAAUACAACUAUGGAAUUAUGCCAUCGUUGGCAACAGCUUGGUGCUUUCUACCCAUUUUCCAGGAAUCACAAUUCUGAUGGCCAGACACUUCAGGAUCCAGGACAAUGGCCUUCAGUUGCCGCAGCUACUCGUCAAGCUAAUCUUUUCCGAUAUUAUUAUUUGCCAUAUCUCUACAGUUUGCACUUCGAAGCCAGCUUGCAUGGCGGAACUGUCGUAAGACCGGUAUUCUUCGAGUUUCCGAAUGAUACUGAAACUUAUGAUUUGGGUUAUCAGUUCAUGUGGGGAGCUGCAAUGAUGAUUAUUCCUGUUGUACAUCAAGUAAAUAUAUUUAAAAAGAAGUUCUAUAAUAUUGAAGUUUACUUCGGCAAAAAAAGAAGCGUUUCAUCUGUAAAAGGAUAUAUACCAAAGGCGACAUGGUAUUCACUCAGAGAUAAUGAUUAUGCGACUCCUAUCAAAGUGGGGAACACUGAGUUCAGUGCUACGAAAGAAGAAUUAAUACCAGUUCUUGUUCGUGAUUAUGACGAAGCUGGCACUCCUUUAAAAGCUAAUGGUCAAUUAUACUGGGAUGAUGGUGAAAGCAUUAUUGAUAAUUUUAAUACCUAUCCUUAUUAUCAUUGGUCCUUUGAUUUUACACUAACAGAUACGGCUGCAACGCUUUAUAUAACUACAAUAAAUCAAGCGGAUUUGAAUUCUAUACCAACUCUCGAUAUAUUGGACAUUGUCGGAUACAAAUAUCUGCCAGAUUUGGCGAAAACCGAAAUCAACGGAGAAUCAAUUAAAGUCGACACAACGAAAUCUGUUUAUUUAUCAAACAAUAAUCGACUAUUCAUUUCGACGUCAAAUUUGAUUGAUCUAAAAGAUUCGAAAAAAAUUAUCAUGAAAUGGCCACAUCAGAAAUUAUAA